AUGGAAUUUCCCCUUGGGUCUCUGGAAACUACCAACUUUCGUCGCUUCACUCCGGAGUCGCUGGUGGAGAUUGAGAAGCAAAUUGCAGCAAAGCGGGCAGCAAAGAAAGCCAGAGACAAGCAAGGGGAGCAGAAAGAUGAAGAAGAGAAGCCCCGGCCCCAGCUAGACUUGAAAGCCUGCAACCAGCUGCCCAGGUUCUAUGGCGAGCUCCCGGUAGAACUGGUCGGGGAGCCCCUGGAGGAUCUGGACCCCUUCUACAGCACACACCAGACAUUUAUGGUGCUGAACAAAGGGAGGACCAUUUCCCGGUUCAGUGCCACCCGGGCGCUGUGGCUGUUCAGCCCUUUCCACCCGAUCAGAAGAACGGCUAUCAAAGUGUCUGUCCACUCAUAUCCUUUAUGGUUCAGUUUAUUUAUUACGGUCACUAUUUUGGUCAACUGUGUGUGCAUGACCCAAACGGAUUUUCCAGAUAAAAUCGAGUACGUCUUCACUGUCAUUUACACUUUUGAAGCCUUGAUAAAGAUACUGGCAAGAGGAUUUUGUCUAAAUGAGUUCACUUACCUGAGAGAUCCCUGGAACUGGCUGGAUUUUAGUGUCAUUACCCUGGCAUACAUUGGCGAAGCAAUAGACUUACAAGGAGUCUCAGGCCUGCGGACAUUCAGAGUUCUUAGAGCUUUAAAAACAGUUUCUGUGAUCCCAGGGCUGAAGGUCAUCGUGGGGGCGCUGAUCCACUCGGUGAAGAAGCUGGCUGAUGUGACCAUUCUCACCAUCUUCUGCCUGAGUGUCUUCGCGCUGGUGGGAUUGCAGCUCUUCAAGGGCAACCUCAAGAACAAAUGUGUCAAGAACUGCACACUUCUUAAUGAGACAGCCAAUUCCUCUUAUAAUCACGAGUGGAAUUUCUGCCACACGGAUGAAGAUUUCCAAAUCAACAAGCCGGGAACCUCUGAUCCCUUGCUGUGUGGCAACGGAACUGACGCAGGCCACUGUCCCUCAGGUUAUUUCUGCCUUAAAACAACCGAAAACCCGGACUUUAACUACACCAGCUUCGACUCCUUUGCUUGGGCUUUCCUCUCACUGUUCCGCCUCAUGACGCAGGAUUCCUGGGAACGCCUCUACCAGCAGACCCUGAGGGCUUCUGGGAAAAUCUAUAUGGUCUUUUUCGUGCUUGUCAUCUUCCUGGGAUCUUUCUAUCUGGUCAACCUGAUCUUGGCUGUGGUCACCAUGGCAUAUGAGGAGCAGAACCAGGCUACCCUUGACGAAAUUGAAGCAAAGGAGAAGAAGUUCCAGGAGACCCUAGAGAUGCUCCGGAAGGAACAGGAGGUACUGGCAGCACUGGGGGUUGACACAGCCUCUCUCCACUCCCACAGUGGAUCUCCUUUAACCUCGAAAAAUGCCAGUGAGAAAAGGCACAGGACAAAACCAAGAGUGUCAGAGGGCUCCACAGACAACAAAUCACCCCAAUCUGAGCCCUACAACCAGCAAAGGAUGUCUUUCCUAGGUCUCGCCUCUGGGAGACGCCGGGCUAGCCAUGGCAGUGUGUUCCAUUUCCUGGCUCCUGGCCAAGACGUCUCAUUCCCUGACGGGAUCACAGAUGAUGGAGUCUUCCUCGGAGACCGUGAAAGCCAUCGGGGCUCUCUGCUGCUGGGUAGGGGUGCUGGCCAGCAAGGCCCCCUCCCUAGGAGCCCGCUGCUUCAACCCUCCAACCCUGGCUUAGGGCAUGGAGAAGAUGGACAUCCCACGCUUCCCACUAGUGAGCUUGCCCCUGGAGCCAUGGAAGGCUUGGCACUCGAUGAGGGACAGAAGAUUUUCCUGUCAGCAGAAUACUUGAAUGAACCUUUCCGAGCCCAAAGGGCAAUGAGUGUUGUCAGCAUCAUGACCUCCGUCCUUGAGGAACUCGAGGAGUCUAAACAGAGGUGCCCACCCUGCUUCACCAGCUUGGCUCGGAAGUAUCUGAUCUGGGAGUGCUGCUCCUCAUGGGUGAAGCUCAAGACGCGUCUCUUUGGGAUUGUGACGGACCCCUUCGCGGAGCUUGCCAUCACCUUGUGCAUCGUGGUGAACACUGUCUUCAUGGCCAUGGAGCACCACGGCAUGAGCUCCGCCUUCGAAUCCAUGCUGCAAAUAGGCAACAUUGUCUUUACCAUAUUUUUUACUGCGGAAAUGAUCUUCAAAAUCAUCGCCUUUGACCCUUACUAUUACUUCCAGAAGAGGUGGAAUAUCUUUGACUGCAUCAUCGUCACUGUGAGCUUGAUGGAGCUCAGCACGGUCAAGAAGGGAAGCCUGUCCGUGCUGCGGACAUUCCGCCUGCUGCGGGUCUUCAAGUUGGCCAAGUCUUGGCCAACCUUAAACACACUCAUCAAGAUCAUCGGAAACUCAGUGGGGGCACUGGGGAACCUCACCAUCAUCCUGGCCAUCAUUGUCUUUGUCUUCGCUCUGGUUGGCAAGCAGCUCCUCGGGGAGAGCUACCGCAAUAACCGGCGCAACAUCUCCGCCCCCGGGGAAGAAUGGCCCCGCUGGCACAUGCACGACUUCUUCCACUCCUUCCUCAUCGUCUUCCGGAUCCUCUGCGGGGAGUGGAUCGAGAACAUGUGGGCCUGCAUGGAGGUCGGCCAGAAAUCCAUAUGCCUCAUCCUUUUCUUGAUGGUGAUGGUGCUGGGGAACCUGGUGGUGCUCAACCUGUUCAUCGCCCUGCUGCUGAACUCUUUCAGUGCUGACAACCUCACAGCCCCAGAAGACGACGGGGAGGUGAACAACCUGCAGGUGGCGCUGGCGCGGAUCCAGGCCUUUGGCCAUUGCGCCAAGCAGGCCUUCUGUGACUUCUUCCGCAAGCCCUGCCUGCGCCCCUGGCCCAAGGCGGAGCCCCAGCUGGUGGUCAAACUCCCGCUCUCCAGCUCCAGCGCUGAGAACCACAUUGCUACCGACGCUGCAGUGGGAAGCCCUGGAGGGGUCCCGGCCCCCAGAGGCCCCAGGGAUGACCACAGUGACUUCAUCACCAAUCCCAGUGUGUGGGUCUCUGUGCCCAUUGCCGAGGGUGAAUCUGACCUCGAUGACUUGGAGGAUGAUGGCGAGGAGGAUGCUCAGAGCUCCAGACAGGAAGUGGCCCCCAAAGAUCAGCAGGAGCAGCUGCAGCAAGUCGGGAGGUACGAGGACCACCUGGCACCCAGGAGCCCAGGCUCUGGGAUGUCUUCUGCGGACCUGGCUCCGUACCUGGGGGACAAGGGGAAAGACAAGGCCGCUCCCCAAGACCCUGCAGAGAAAGGGGAUGACAUGAGCUCCUCAGAAGGCAGCACGGUGGACUGCCCGGACCCUGAGGAGGUCCUGAGGAAGAUCCCUGAGCUGGCCGAUGACCUGGAAGAGCCAGAUGACUGUUUCACAGAAGGCUGUAUGAGCCACUGUCCCUGCUGCAAAGUGGACACCGCCAAGGCUCCGUGGGGCAUGGGCUGGCAGGUGCGAAAGACCUGCUUCCGCAUUGUGGAGCACAGCUGGUUUGAGAGCUUCAUCGUCUUCAUGAUCCUGCUCAGCAGUGGAGUGCUGGCCUUUGAAGACUACUACCUUGAGGAAAAGCCCACGGUGAAAGCCUUGCUGGAGUACACUGACAGGGUGUUCACGUUUAUCUUUGUGUUCGAGAUGCUGCUCAAGUGGGUUGCCUAUGGCUUCAAAAAAUACUUCACCAAUGCCUGGUGCUGGCUGGACUUCCUCAUUGUGAACAUCUCAUUGACAAGCCUCAUAGCAAAGAUCCUGGAGUAUUCUGAUAUGGCAUCUAUCAAAGCCCUUCGCACCCUCCGCGCCCUGCGGCCACUGCGGGCUCUGUCUCGAUUUGAAGGCAUGCGGGUUGUUGUGGAUGCCCUGGUGGGUGCCAUCCCAUCCAUCAUGAAUGUCCUCCUCGUCUGCCUCAUUUUCUGGCUCAUCUUCAGCAUUAUGGGUGUGAACCUCUUUGCAGGGAAGUUUUGGAGAUGCAUCAACACUACCAAUGGAGACUUUCCUCUUGUGCCCUUGUCUGUGGUGAAUAACAAGUCUGAGUGUAAACAUCAAAACUACACCGGCAGCUUCUUCUGGGUCAAUGUGAAGGUCAACUUUGAUAACGUUGCAAUGGGUUACCUUGCACUUCUUCAGGUGGCAACCUUCAAAGGCUGGAUGGAUAUCAUGUAUGCAGCUGUCGACUCCCGAGAGAUGGACAUGCAGCCCAAGUGGGAAGACAAUGUGUACAUGUACUUGUACUUCGUCAUCUUCAUCAUUUUCGGCGGCUUCUUCACACUGAAUCUCUUUGUUGGGGUCAUAAUUGACAACUUCAAUCAACAGAAGAAAAAGUUAGGGGGCCAGGACAUCUUCAUGACGGAGGAGCAGAAGAAGUACUACAAUGCCAUGAAGAAGCUGGGCUCCAAGAAGCCCCAGAAGCCCAUCCCACGGCCCCUGAACAAGUACCAAGGCUUCGUCUUUGACAUUGUGACCAGACAAGCUUUUGACAUCGUCAUCAUGGUCCUCAUCUGCCUCAACAUGAUCACCAUGAUGGUGGAAACUGAUGAGCAGAGUGAAGAAAAGACAAAAAUCCUCAACAAAAUCAACCAGUUCUUUGUGGCCGUCUUCACCUGCGAGUGUGUCCUGAAGAUGUUUGCCCUGAGGCAUUACUACUUCACCGAUGGCUGGAAUGUAUUUGACUUCAUUGUCAUGGUUCUCUCCAUUGGGAGCCUGGUGGUUUCUGCAAUCAUGAAGUCACUUGAAAAUUAUUUCUCUCCAACACUCUUCCGCGUCAUCCGCCUGGCCCGAAUCGGCCGCAUCCUCAGGCUGAUUCGAGCAGCCAAGGGGAUCCGGACGCUGCUCUUCGCCCUCAUGAUGUCCCUGCCCGCCCUGUUCAACAUCGGCCUGCUGCUCUUCCUAGUCAUGUUCAUCUACUCCAUCUUCGGCAUGGCCAACUUCGCAUACGUCAAAUGGGAGGCUGGCAUCGACGACAUGUUCAACUUCAGGACUUUUGCCAACAGCAUGCUGUGCCUCUUCCAGAUCACCACGUCGGCCGGCUGGGAUGGCCUCCUCAGUCCCAUCCUCAACACAGGGCCCCCCUACUGUGACCCCAAUCUGCCCAAUGGCAGUGGAACCAGGGGGGACUGUGGGAGCCCAGCCGUGGGCAUCAUCUUCUUCACCAGCUACAUCAUCAUCUCCUUCCUCAUCGUGGUCAACAUGUACAUUGCAGUAAUUCUGGAGAACUUCAAUGUCGCCACAGAAGAGAGCACCGAGCCCUUGAGCGAGGAUGACUUUGACAUGUUCUAUGAGACCUGGGAGAAGUUUGACCCGGAGGCCACCCAGUUCAUUACCUUUUCUGCCCUCUCAGACUUUGCAGACACCCUGUCUGGCCCCCUGCGAAUCCCAAAACCCAAUCGGAAUGUAUUAAUCCAGAUGGACCUGCCCUUAGUCCCUAGAGAUAAGAUACACUGUUUGGAUAUCCUUUUUGCAUUCACCAAGAAUGUGUUGGGAGAAUCUGGGGAAUUGGAUUCUCUGAAGGCAAAUAUGGAAGAGAAGUUUAUGGCAACUAAUCUUUCAAAGGCAUCUUAUGAACCUAUAGCAACCACCCUGCGGUGGAAGCAAGAAGACGUUUCAGCCACCGUCAUCCAAAAGGCUUAUCGGAACUAUGUGCUACAACGCUCCAUGACAAUCUUCAACUCCUCAGAUGUGCCAAGGGCUGAGGAGGAGACUGUGUCACCCACAGAUGAAGGCUUUGUUGCAUUCAUGGCAAAUGAAAAUUGUGUGCUCCCGGACAGAUCUGAAACUGCGUCUGCCACCUCUUUCCCACCGUCUUAUGACAGUGUCACUAGAGGCCUUAGCGACAGAGCCCACCUGAGCACGUCUAGCUCAGUGCAGAAUGAAGGUGAAGCCACCAGUACGGAAGCACCUGCACCAGGGCCCCAGUGAGGACAUUC